AUGGCCGACGUGCAGACUACGACCCGCCCCCUCUUCGGCGGCGCCAUCUCCUUCGAUGUCCCCAAGGACUACAUCGAUGCCUCUGACCUCCGCCAGGUCCCCGACAACCAGGAGGUGUUCCUCUCCAACGACUCGGACACGGCGAUCAUCUUUGAGAUCCUCGGCGCCGUGCAGGAUGGUGGAGCCGCGAGCGACAUGUACGAGGCUGCCAACGUCGCGCACGACAACGCCGCUCUCUCGGCCACUCUGACGACUCCCCCUCCUCCGACGCACGUUGUGCCAGCGCAGACGCAACACGUUCAGUCCGCCUCCGAGCUGCAGACCCCGCACCCCACCGUCGUCACGGGUAUCCAGAAGGUGCACAAGUUCUCGCACGACCCCUCGGGAGCCCCCCGCCGAGGACACGAGAAUGACGCCCCGGACGAGGUCUGGAUCGGGCUCGCGCUGUGGCGCAUCGACGUCGACAUUGCGGGACACAAGAAGAAGGCCGACAUUGUGUGUACCGCCAACGUCCCCCUGAAGGAGGCGGCGGAGGGAAACCCGAACGGCGUCACGAGCGAGGAACUCGCCAAGGUCGAGGGAUGGUGGCGCAAUGCUGUUGCCGGGAUGAAAAUCAACGACUGGAACCUGUUCGGCGACGAGAACUAG